UUUAACUGUAUAAACGUUAAAUGUUUGAUGUUUGUUACGGUACAGUAAUCAGUUUUUAUGAGCACGUUCACUGUGUGCUGUUCUAUUUACUUCUUUGGCUGCCUGCAGCUUGAUAACUAUGCAUGCCAAUACCAAACAUAUGCGCUUGGUUGUAGAUCAUGUGACCUUUAAAGUUAAGGAUAAAAAUAUUCUAAAUGAUGUAUCAUUUAGUGUUAAAAACGGAGAAAUAUUAGCUGUACUAGGACCCACAGGCUCGGGUAAAACUACACUUCUUAACAUCAUAUCAGGACGUCAGAAGCCGAGCUGUGGUGCUAUAACAGUUAAUGGACAAACAUUUGAUAAAAGGUUGCGGAGACGGUUAGCCGUUGUACAGCAACAAGAUGUUUUCUUCUCUCAGCUUACUCUCAUGGAGACUUUACAGUUUACAGCAAAUAUCCGCAUGCCGGAGAGUGUUUCAGCAAGUCAGAAGACAGAGGCAAUCAACAAAUUAGUACAGUCUCUCCGCCUAAACAAAUGUCUUAAUACAGUCAUUGGUGAUAUUUUUGUGAAGGGAUUGUCAGGCGGCGAGAAGAAGAGAGCCAGCAUAGCGUGUGAAUUGCUGACAAAUCCAGAUAUUCUAUUGUUAGAUGAACCAACAUCUGGUCUGGAUUCCAGCACGGCACACGACAUUAUGAACUGUAUACAGGAAAAUGCCAAGACUCACAACAAGCUGAUAGUGACUUCUAUACACCAACCGGCCAGCAAAUUAUACCAUAUGUUUGAUCAACUUGUACUUCUCUCGGAUGGAUAUUGUGUCUAUAGUGGAAACGUAAAGAGUGUCCUACCGCAUUAUGAAGAACUUGGAUACAAUUGUGAACAAGGUUACAACCCGGCAGACUUUCUAUUGGACAUUCUGAGCACUGAGGAUGAAGCUGAGAUGCAAAGGAUCCGAUCAAACGCUUACAGAGAUACUAUGAAAGUACCAGACAACAACAGUGAAGUGACACAUGAAUAUAAAAGGAAGCAAAAAACAAGAAACGGAGAAUUUAAUAUGUCCGAGUCGGACACUGACAGUCUGUUAGAAGAUACUCGUGUAAUGCUGGAUAAAGAGUGCAAAGCUGAUGAAAUGCAAGGGUAUGGAGGUUUAAGUAACUGUGAUGAUAGAUGGGCGACUUGUUGGAUGACUCAGUACAAGGCGUUGGCAUGGAGGAGUUUGAAGCAGUCGAUCGGUGUACUCAAACAAGGCUACACUCUAACACAGGCUAUAAUUGUAUCCGUCCUCUGUUCUCUCCUUUACUUCCAAGUAGGUGUCAGUUUGAAAACAUCACGUGACGUCUUCGGUCUGAUAUUCUUCUAUGUGGGUUAUUGGACAUUUAUACCUGCGAUGACAGUUAUCAGUAGUUAUCCGGCAGAACGUCCAGUUAUUACCAAAGAAAGAACCUCGGGGGCUUACCGUCUGACUGCCUACUACUGUGCAAGAAUUACCAGCGAUUUAACAGACCUAUUCAUACAUGCAGUUAUUAUGUUUACACUUUUCUUUUGGGUUGGAGACUUAGGGGGACCAGCAGAAUUUUUCCCCGCGCUCAUCGUAAAUCUCAUACAAACGUUCGCUUGCUUUGGAGUGGGUCAUCUACUGUCUGUCUUGUGCAAGGAUAUCCGAAUGGCAAUAACGACGCUGUUUAGCUACUUGAUAUCGAUGUAUCUGCUAGGAGGCUUCUUUUCUCAACAUGUACCUGCUUGGAUGGAAUGGAUUAAAUAUGCUUCCUUGUUCUAUUACCCGUACGCCUUUACUAUAUCCCUUAUGGUGUCGAACAUCGAGGAUACUCCAUGCAACCAGACAAAAACAGAGGACUUUCCGAGAUGCAUUGAUAACACGACUUUAUAUGUUACUUCUGAUGAUAUUCUUCAACAAGCCAAUGUGUUUCUACCACCUUAUGUGAUUGUUUUAAUCAUACUGGCGUAUACAGUGUUGAUUCGACUUGCAGCUUACUGUGCUUUAAGAUUUAAAAAAGAAACUCUUGUAUAAUUUACUAUUUAUUUAAGUGCAGUGACAGCGCGAUUUCCCUGGGAU